CGCCAUUGCCGCUGUUUCCCCCAAGCGUGUGGAAUCUGCUGUUUCAAACACAGAGCUUCUCUAUUCUGCUGAGGAAAGAUGGCGUCGGUCUGGGAUGAGGCGGAGGAUGGAAUUGGCGAGGAGGUGUUGAAGAUGUCUACGGAAGAAAUCGUACAGCGUACCCGCCUGCUGGACAGUGAGAUCAAGAUCAUGAAGAGUGAGGUGCUGAGAGUAACUCAUGAGCUACAAGCCAUGAAAGAUAAGAUUAAAGAGAACAGUGAGAAGAUCAAAGUGAAUAAAACUCUGCCUUACCUUGUUUCCAAUGUCAUAGAGUUGCUGGAUGUUGAUCCCAAUGACCAGGAGGAAGAUGGAGCAAAUAUUGACCUUGAUUCUCAAAGGAAGGGCAAGUGUGCUGUGAUCAAAACCUCCACUCGUCAGACAUACUUUCUGCCUGUGAUUGGUUUAGUUGAUGCUGAAAAACUGAAGCCUGGAGACCUAGUGGGAGUAAACAAGGACUCUUACCUGAUUCUGGAGACCUUGCCCACAGAGUAUGACUCGAGGGUUAAAGCCAUGGAGGUGGAUGAGAGGCCUACAGAGCAGUACAGUGAUAUUGGAGGACUGGAUAAACAGAUCCAAGAGCUGGUAGAAGCCAUUGUGCUGCCAAUGAAUCAUAAAGAGAAAUUUGAAAACUUGGGUAUCCAGCCUCCUAAAGGGGUGCUCAUGUAUGGACCCCCAGGAACAGGGAAGACCCUCCUAGCCAGAGCAUGUGCUGCACAGACAAAGGCUACAUUCUUGAAGCUGGCUGGCCCACAGCUAGUGCAGAUGUUCAUUGGAGAUGGAGCCAAGUUGGUGCGAGAUGCUUUUGCACUGGCCAAGGAGAAAGCACCUUCUAUCAUCUUUAUUGAUGAACUUGAUGCCAUUGGCACAAAAAGAUUUGAUAGUGAAAAGGCUGGUGAUCGUGAAGUACAGAGGACCAUGUUGGAAUUGUUGAACCAGCUUGAUGGAUUCCAACCCAACACGCAAGUCAAGGUGAUUGCUGCAACCAACCGUGUUGACAUCCUAGACCCUGCUCUACUCCGUUCAGGACGUCUGGAUCGCAAGAUUGAGUUCCCAAUGCCCAAUGAGGAGGCCAGAGCCAGGAUUAUGCAGAUCCAUUCACGCAAGAUGAAUGUCAGCCCUGAUGUGAACUAUGAAGAGCUGGCUCGUUGCACAGAUGACUUCAACGGUGCACAGUGCAAGGCUGUGUGUGUGGAAGCGGGGAUGAUUGCCCUGCGGCAUGGAGCUACAGAGCUCACUCAUGAAGAUUACAUGGAAGGAAUCUUGGAAGUGCAAGCCAAAAAGAAAGCCAAUCUACAAUAUUAUGCCUGAUACUUUCAUCUAAAACUGGUUAAGGCCUUGACCGAGAAACAAGGAUCAAAGCAGUUGGAACUGGACUGUGUUACUUUCUUUUACCUAACAGGAAAAAUAAAGCAUUUGCUUUGACUGA